AUUUCUGAUUAGUCCACGUGAACAACUGGAAAAUUCUAGACUGUACAACACUGUUUAUUUUCAUUUGGGUGCUGUCAGAUAACAUUUGGUGCAUAUUUAUAUAAUCAUUUGCUAACUGCGUAAUAAGAGUUUGUGUGUGCCGGUUCCUGGAACACUCAUUCAACAUGGAAAAUUCUCCUUCUUUCGAGAGAUUCAAGGAAUUGGAUCUCAGUAGAGAGGAAAUAGACCGACUUGGCGAAGCCUUAAAAAAGGAAGAAUUUCGAAAAUUACUGAUGGAUUACGUCAAGGAAGUUCAAGAUCCGGAAAAUCAGCUUUUGUAUGAGAAGGAAAUUACUGAGUUGGAAAAAGAACGGGGUAAUGAUAUAACAUUUUUGCAUCCAACUCCUUGUUAUGUCAUCAAAACAACCCUUGAUGGCGACAAAAAAUGUUUUAUCAAUAUUUGUGGUAAUGAUUUAGUCAAAAAACCCUCCUCCUCCCCUUCUGAGAAGGAAGGCAAGAGGGGGCUGGAGUGGUCCCUACCCCAUUCUCUAUCUCCACCAUCUGAAGACUUAGAUAAUAAAGGAGAAAGAUGUAAAGUGUUUGAUGUACUUUUUCACCCAGACACUUUGCAUUUAGCACAAAAAAACAAUGCAUUUAGAGAUAUGGUUAACAGUACUGCAUGUAAUGCCAUUGAAACACACUUUGAUGUUGAAUUGGAUAAAAAUAACCUAAGGUUUCCUAAGCUGAAGUACAAAGGAAUGGCACGAGCCAGUGUUAUUCGAAAACCUUCCUCUGAAGGACCUGUUGAAAGAUCUCCCGAAGAGAAGGAGUUUUAUGACAAACUUUAUGCUCAAGCAGAUGAAUGUACACAAAGUUACAAAAUUCCUAAACAAAGAAAAUCUAAACGUAAUAAAAAAACACAAGAUCCAAAGUCGCCAUAUACAACUCCAAAAUUUUUCAUUAAACAUCGCCGACAUAUAGAAAUGGAGGAAUUUACUGAACAUAAGGAGUCUAAGUUGAAUACAACUAUUCCUCAGGAAUUAAUUAUCGAAAUAGAUUUGCCUUUAUUGAAAUCAGCAGAUGACAUAAUUUUAGAUGUAACGGAAAAAACAGUACAAUUGAUCAGUGAGAAGCCUGCCAAGUACAAAUUAGACCUUACUCUACCAUACCGUGUUGGAAAAGAUGCUGGAAACGCUAAAUUUGAUAAAGCAUUAGGAAAGCUUUGGAUAACACUACCUGUCCAGAAAAAAUCUAUAUUUGUUAGACGUGAUUCUGCUAAAGAAGAUAGUGGUGUUGAAAGUGAUCAUAGUUCCCCAGUUUCACCCGAAUCCGAGGAAGAAAAUAUCGAAAAAGCAAUAAUAGUUAAUGAUGAGUGUGAAAGUAAACAUUUAGUGAAAAGUGAUGAACUAUUUAGGACUAAGUUUCUCGAAGAUGACAUACAAUAUUCUUUACCUGAGUUUACCAGUCAUGUUUUUGAUGAUACUAUCGCAUUUACACUCCACGUUAAAAAGGUUGAUUCUGAAUCAUUAAAAAAAUUAAUUGAUGAAGAUGAUAAAACCGUUCAUGUUAAGUUCAUGAGUAUUAGUCCUAGUUUUUAUCAAGUGCAUUAUGCAUUUAUGCUGAAAUUGCCAGUGAAUGCGAUUCAAAAAGACUCUGUCUCGAUUGAAGUUUGGGAUAAUAAUGUUAUCUUGAAAGUUCCUUUUGAUAAUUGUGAUAAUGAGUGCUCUUGGUAUAUGUACGGCACUUCUCAAAAUGAAUUACAAAAAAAAUUUGUGGAGGAACCCCAUAUUUUGAAUGCCAUUCAUAAACAACAAUUCUCAUCUAAAUCUGAUGAAAAAGGGAGUCAAGAAGAAAAGAACCCUGAUACCGAAGAUGAAGGUAUUACAAAAUCAGUAAAAACCCAAAAAAUCUCAAGCUCAGUUGAAGAUAACAGUUUCAAAGAAAAUUCUGAAGGUGGUACUAAUUAUGGAUCAUACUAUGAGUCCAGUGGAGAUGAAUUUAGUAGUAGUAUGAGUCCCUGCAGGGGCAGGGGUAUUCUGAAGCGAAGUUCAGCUAGGAAGAUGUUCUCCAGAAGUAUUUCUGAAUCCAGUUUGGACGAUUGCAUGGGUUCAUUAGAUCGGGAGGGGCUGGAUAUACCCAUUCCGGAAAAUAAUGAACAGGAAUCCGAGAUGUCCACAAGCCUGAAGAAAACUGUGAGGUUCAAUGAUGUGGUUUCAAAACAACUUUACAGAUUCAAUUCCAGUAUUCUUGGUCAAAGAAAGAAGAAUCAGAAGAAGGCUCAAAAAAAGAAGAAAGCUCAUGAUAAAAGGCACAGUGAAAGUGAAGCAUCUGAAGUGGAAGAGAAGAAGGAGAAAUUCCUGAAAACUCAAAAUGAUUGUGAUCUCAACUCUGAAAAGUCAUCUAAGAGGGACGAAAAUAUUUUCCAAAUGGACAUGUAGGGGUUUUCUAUUGAAACAGAAUAGAUGGGCUAGUAGAAUAGGUGUGAAGAUGCAGGAUUGCAAAUUUUUUUUUACUUGAGUUCAAAUUUGUUGCUCAACCAUUUCACCCCAGGAACCAAAUUUCUGAAAUUCAAUUCAUCAUUUUUCGCAAACAUUGAUUUUUGAAAAAUCUAGUUUUUUUCCUAUCAAUUUUUAGUUUGAAUCAUGUAUAACUUAAAUUUGAGAAACAAAAUUUUUGACUUCUAGAAUAAUCAAUUUAAUUUCAGUGAAAUUCUCUCAAAUAUUCAAAAUGACUUUUGAGCAUCAUUUCUAAAUCAAUUGCAUCUGAAAAAUUUUAUCGUAGAAUUUUUUUUGCACGUAAAAUUAAAUUUUAAUGAUAUCGUACUAAUACUGUAAAAAUAGAUGAGGAUCUUUUCUUCUAAGUUUUGUAUCUUCGUUGAAAUUAAUUGUGAUUCAAUCAAUUCGUACUAUUUUAAUGAAAGUUAUAAUUUACAAUGAUAUUAUUUAUUAUUGAGGUCAGCAGGUAUUUGUUAUGGCUUGUCCCAGUGAUAUUGUGCGAGUGGGUAUACAGUACAACUUUAAAUUUUGGGAAACUUGUGAUACUGUUUUUAUUGCUUUUCUUUUCUCAUUGUAUUGAAACUUUAGUGAUGAAAGUUGAUCAUAUUUUUAUGUAUUUUAUACAACGUUCUUUACGUAAUUUGAGAAAACUAAUGUUCGAAAUAAAUGCUAAAAUUAA